CAUUUCAGGCAGCAGCUCUCUGCCCAAUUGGAGAGAGGUGCGCACAUCUUGACCGACUUAGCAGGAAGGUGGAUUUUCUUUGUGUUUAAAGAAAAAAAAUGUCCCUGUGUCUGUAGAGAUGAUUUGCAGUUCAGCCCGGCUGAAGCUGACCGAAUGAGACUAUGGGCUGUGCCUCUGCUAAGCAUGUUGCCACUGUUCAAAAUGAAGAGGAAGCCCAGAAAGGGAAGAACUACCAGAAUGGAGAUGUGUUCGGUGACGAGUAUAGGAUCAAACCGGUGGAAGAAGUCAAGUACAUGAAAAAUGGGGCAGAAGAGGAGCAGAAAAUAGCAGCCAGGAACCAAGAAAACUUGGAAAAAAGUGCCAGUUCAAACGUAAGACUUAAAACUAAUAAAGAGAUUCCAGGAUUAGUCCAUCAACCCAGAGCAAACAUGCACAUCUCUGAAAGCCAACAAGAAUUCUUCAGAAUGCUGGAUGAAAAAAUUGAAAAGGGUCGAGAUUACUGUUCCGAAGAGGAGGAUAUCACAUAGCACCCAUUCUACCACUGAAACCAGGAGCUACUGCUGUGUAAAUAGGUUACACCCCGGUUGAAAUCUUUGCCAAGGUCGGUUCUCUUCAGCGAACAGCACUCUAGCAAAAAGAAGAUCGUUCCAUAUCCUAUGCCCCAUUAAAUUACAGUGUUUCUUAAUGAACUUGCAAAGGAAUAUUGCUAAAAACAAACACACACAAAAACUGUUAUCGAACUUUCUUUGUUGCUGCUAGUUAAAACUUGUUGCAACUUCUCACUUCUCUUGUGUCCAGGUAUGCAGCAAAACUCUGCAGUUUCACCUUAAAGAUACUGUUGGUUUUACAGAUGCUCUCCAAACUAUUUUCUAUAUAAGAUGAGGUAGUGGUGAACUCAGAUAUCAAACUUCUGUUGUAGAACUGUUCUGCUUCUAAGACAAGCGUCUCCUUCCCUCUCUCCUCCCUCUCUGUCUCUCCCGAACGGUCCAGAGCCUUGCUUCUUACUGGCAGUGUUGUGCUUUGGAGAUGGGAUGGUUGCUAUGGCAAGCCUUGUUUCCCUGCUAAGAAGAAGUAAAGAAGCCAUUAUCCAUUAAAAGCACGUGGGGACGUGACUCCCGGAGUGACGGAGUGACGUAGGAGUGGGCAGCAGGUGGUUUCAUUGACUAGGUAUCUUCAUCAAGGAUUAAGCUUGCAACAUUGGCUUUGCUCAGAUGCAGAUGGAAGUGUGAUCACAAUCAUUUUGAAUCCCUCUUCCCCCCCCUUUUUUUUCUAAGAAAAUAAACAUUUUACUGUUUUUAUGCAUCCUUGUCUUCUCCCAUUCAUCCAGUUCAGUGUCUUACCGUGAUCUUGGGUGCGGAAGAUGAGCCCUCCUUUGCAGGGACACCGAUAAUUGAGCUUCCUGGCUCCCUACCCUCCCAUCGAUCAUCCGCCACCAUUGGCAAGGCUGCCAGUGGUCAGGAGAGAUGAGGGGACAUCCCCCUCGACAUUUUAGGAAGCCCCGAAACCACCCUGUGUCCUUUCCUUUUGUCAGCAGAUAAGCCAUCCUACGUCCUCACUCGCUCCCUUCCGAAUGCUCCGUGAGUCUUGCCACUUCUCUCACUCGUGGCACUGGCUAGGACGGUGCCAAGCGUUCGCCUACUGGAAACCUAGUACAUUGACCCUGGUGAUGCUAUUUGGAGAUGCGGAAGCCAAAGCCCUGGGGCAGUGUUGGGGAAUGUGAACUGUGGGUUUGGUAGAGUUUAUUUUUCCAUAUUAUAUGAAGAGAAUGAUCUCUUCUCAAAGACAGAAGUAAUAUUUUUAACAAAUGUUGUCACAAGUAAAUAGCAAUCAAAAGGAGAAAAUAACUUUUGUAUUUUUUUAACGCGUUUGAUAGCUUGAGGGUUCUCUUUGUUACUUUCAGGGCGGGGCACCCUGCUAAAUGCUAUGCCAACAGGCCAGGUGGGGCUUUGGGCCACGGAAACAGAAGGAGCACUGUAGGUUUCUCUCUCGGGGGGUUUGAACGUGAGGGGCUCGGGAUCAGCCACACUGCCACUGUCCAAAGGUGGGGAGUCGUUGUUUGUCCUGGGUAGCCAAGAGAUCACCUGCCACAGACCAGAGUAAGAAGCUAAAUGUGCUCUUACUGAGAAGAUGAGCCUUGACUUUAAAAUCCAUCCGUGUAACGGAUGGCGCCAGGGAUGGGCUAAUGGGGAGAUUCCUUAUCUGCCGUUAGACCCCAGGGCACAGAAGUGAGGGGCAGGAAACUCUGUUAGUGCUACAGAAAACGGACUCACAUGGUAGCAACAAAAGCCCUUAAUUCUUUCAGGCAGCCGCAGCUACUUUGGGGAGCAGCUGUGGUUGUUACAUAAAUAGAGAUGCGGCCAAAAUUUAAGGCUUUUUAUCCUGCUUCAAGCAGAAAAAUGCAAAGAGAGUCAAGUCGCCUAGGGGUUCACGUUCCCUCCCUUUGUAUGGUUUUUGGCCAAGUUACUAAAAUAGUUUUCCUCAGCUGUAAAUGAACUGCUGAGCCCCACCUGAAACUUGUCCACGUGGGACUUUGUUCACUGUUAUGUGAUUUUCUGAUUCUUCUCGAGCAAGAGGGUCGCAGGCACUAAGCAUCUUCCACGGGGCUGCUCUACCUGGUGUCUCAGAGAGUGUCUUCCCAGAAAAACCGCCCACCUUCUACCCAAAGAUGAUACAUGCUCAUAUCAUUUUUUCUAGUCCUGUUUAGCAUUUUGACAUGAUAUACAUGUGCCCAGAACCAAGUGCUUCUUGGGAAGUUGACUUUUGAGUGUUUCAUAAAACUAGAAACUGGUUCCUGUGAACCCAGGGGCUUUUCACCUGGAGUUCUUGUCUCCCAAGUUUAACUCUUUGAUGUGCAGAUGUGAUUUCAUCUGCAGACAAAUUUGGUAUAUCUGGAAAUAGAUCUGAGAAAUGGGGUGGUUGAGUGGGUUGGCAUGAGGUACUUGAUUAUGUUAGCAACACUCUAAACUGUCUGUUUUUUCCAUCGUUGGCUUUAAUCAUAAAAUUGUCAA